AUGGUGCUUGUCUUCGGCUUUACCUUGGUAUGGUUCUGCAAUCCGACAGAAGACUCCAUCUCCCAGACGGGCAUUUUCAAGUUCGGUUAUACAAACGAAUUGCCGGAAGAUGAUGUCAACUCAACUCUCCGCGACCACUGCAUGUCCAAGGUGCUCAAAGGCAAAGCACCAAGUGACUACGAUUACUGUCAGAAUUCCAAGCACUACGGUUGUCAAGAGCCUCAUGCAGAGCAGGAGGUAGCGGGCUGCAUGAGGCUCUCGAAUGCUGAGCACUAUGUCUCCCAAAUCCGUGAUCCUGAUGGUGAUGGCAUCUUUCUGCCAACAGUGUGGUCCAACACGACAGUCGUCAUGAAGCCAUAUGGUACAGGAUGCGAAAAUUUGACGGGUUGCACGUCGACCCGAGAAGCCGUGCAUAAGUUCAUUCCAGGAAUUUUAGACUAUGGCUUUGUGAGCUUCAAGCUGCUGUCGAGGUUGGAUCAUGUAGAUUGGAAGGAUGUCAAUGCUCCACUAUGUCGGUUUGACAAGACCGGUAGAGUCUUCGAACGGGCGCUGAAUCUUGCGGGAUCAAUGCACUGCCGCGCGGUACUUGACAAUGCUAAUGCCGCAGUACAUGUGAAUCAUUCCUUUGUCCAUGUGGGAAGAUGGGGCACCGUGCACUUGAGUGUUCCAAAGUUAAUGGAAUUAGUUGGCGAUCGUCGCUACGACAACUUCGCGGACUUCUCGCGCAAGUUCUGGAAGUUGCGGGAAGACGUUGCUGGCUUUGAGAGCAGGCUGCCCGGGAGGCAACGGAGCAAAUUCAGGCAGUUGGUACGCGACUUACAGGACGGCAAGAACGACAAUUCUCAGCAAGUUGAGGAGUCGUUGGCUUUGGAAGACUCCGCAGAGUAUGAACGGUUGAAACGAAACAUCACGGACGCACACGCUUGGCUAUCGGAAAUGAAAGGCAGCCCGUAUUCUGUGUUCGUGAGUGGCAAAGGCUUCAUCGACAUCCCUGUUGAUGGGCCAACAUGGCCUUCCUUUGAGCUUUUUGACGAACCGAAGCAGCACGACCCUAACAUUUGCUCCCCGCGAAGCCGUGGUGGCAAGUUUUCCAUCAAAGUGCGCACCGUGUCUCGGUAUCCUUCAAUCCAAGAGUUCAACGGAGAUGUCGUGGAUUUCGUCAAAACAUGGGUACAGUGCUGGCUCGGCUUGAUAGUCUAUGAUGAUAAGAAACGCGAGUACCAUUGUUUUGAGGUGCAAAUCACGAUCAGCUAUUUCCGACAGCUGGUUUAUUCUGACCAGGAACGGUGGCAGGAGGAGGACGGUUCUCUUGUGCGAAAGGAGUAUUCAACAUCUGGCUUUGCAUUCAUUCUCCAGGGAGAACGAGACAUCGUCAAAAGAUUUGAUCCGCGCUCGCUCAUCUAUGGUCUAGCGUCGUUUUUUGUAAUUUUUCACUUCCCCACUUGGCUAUGCAGAUGCAUCGCGGCGUAUGUUGGGCCAGCUCGACAUAUCUACAGGAACGCAUUCAAACGCAAAUUCACUCUGAACCAUGAGAUCGUUUCCUGGAUUGUGCGGCGCAGCAGCGCGCUUUCGACCUUUGAGAAAAUCGCAGAAGCCAAGGACAGGGGACAUCAGCUUCGUGUAGAUGAGAUUGUGAGAGGACUGAAGAAGACCUUGCAUGAAGCCGAAGAGUGCGAAGAACAGGAACUUGCAGAUGCCGCGAUUCAGGAGCUGGCUGAGUUCCUGGUGAGCAAAUGCAAGAGAGAAGCAGACGAAGAACAAGCAGAUGGCUCAGAGGGCCUGACCCGACCCCCAUGCCUGGGAGAAGACGAACAACAAGACGAGGAAGCUGACGACUCUGCCUCGAAUGCUUCGGCCGAACCGUCCAUCCCAAAGCAGACUUUUAUCGAGCUGUUCGAGGAAACUCAGGUGCUAACCACAAAGCAACUCGCUCGCUGGCACGCACACAAAGGCCACAGAGAUCAAAGCCUGUUGUCUGAUAUUCUGUACCAGUUCGAUGAGAAUGUGAAGCGACCUAUCGGGGAUGCGAUUGAUAGGGUUUCAGAGGCAGGACGGAGCCCUUCAAAGUGUGGGCAGCAUCAUGAGGACUCUGAUGAAGAAUCCCAGUCCAUCCUUCUUAGCCAGCCCGGACCUGGGCAGAGCUCGCGAGACGCAAGGGCUCUCAACCGUGUGGGCUGGUAA